UCAAAGUGUUCGGUACGGGACACAAGUUUUCCGCCUUAAAUAAACAAAUAGGAUUCCUAGCAAAUAUGUCACUGAAAUACUUACUCAUUGCUUCUGCCGUGCUGAUCGGCUUGGUUGGAGCUGAUGUGUCACAUGUAAAGGCGGGUAAAGUGGAUCUGCCAUUCAAUGACUUGCUACCACCCCUAAUUGAUGAACCAAGCACCACGACGACGACAACAACGGAGAAGCCAACCACUACCCUGGCCACAAAGCCAACCAAGAAAGCGUACUACCAGAAGCCAGCCCAGCUGGCCAAGGAGGAUAAGUUGAAGACCAGUGCCAUCAAGCAAGAUGUUCCGCAGCUCCCUUUAGAUCUACUGCCACCUUUCGAAGACGAGGUCAAGCCGGCGGAGGACAAGUUGCAGCCAGUGGUGAAUGCUACGCCAAAACCCCUGGUUAAGAUCUCUCAGCCGGCUGUGCUCAAGGUCACUCCCCCGGCUGUGCUCAAGGUCACUCCUCCGGCUGCUCCCAAGGUCACCCCGCCGCCUACUCCACGUCCACAAUACUCGAUUCAGCCUGCCCCAGCAUCACGUCCACAAUACUCCGUUCAUCCUGCUCCUCAAGCGGUUAACCCUCAGCCCACCCGUGCUCCUGGUUUCGGGAGCGGGUUCCAGUCCCGAUUCUCCAACUACUUUCUCACCAGUACCCCUCGACCCAGACGCGGCCCCCUGCCCACUAUCACCCCUUUCCCGCGCUUUGUCAGGGUUUAGGAAUCCAUUUAAUUAAAUUAGAUAAGCACCAUUCAAAGGCCGACUCCAAUAUAAAAUAAAUAAGAUACGACACACACAGAGAUAAUGAGUGGAAACUAGCGGUAUUAUUUAAAAGCGACUGUUGAAGC